ACAAAAUGGCAGCCUCCUUACAACGCAUUGGAACAGUUAUCUGCCGCACAUUUCCUGUUAUUUUACAACGAAAUCUCCAAAGACAGAGAAUUCGUGAUUGUAAAAUAACUUUAAGUGCUGCUCCAGUGCUGCGUGUGAAUUUUUGUACAUCAUCAUCAUCAUCAGCUGAGAGCACCGAUUCAACUGAGACACUGUCUAGAUAUGCAGACAGACCAUGGGAAUACUUAGAAAGUGAAGAGUACAUUGAGCGCUAUGGAUCAAAGCCUGUGUGGUCCAACUACAGGAGGAACCAUAAGGGGGGCGUCCCACCUCAAAAGACAAGAAAGACCUGUAUUAGAGGAGAUAAGAUAUGUGCGAACGCUUGUCCCAUCUGUCGUGAUCCAAAUGUCAUUAUCCACUACAAGAAUGUGAAUCUGUUGCAGCAGUUCAUUAGUCCUCAAACUGGAAAGGUGUAUGAUCCCACUCGAACCGGUGUGUGCAUGAAACAACAGAAACUACUUAACAAGGCCAUUGAUACCGCUAGAGAUCAUGGCUUACUUUCUGUCCAGUUACCUCAUGUGGACUACUCUAAAGAAGACUACUCAAACAGCCAUGGUGCUGUUGCACCAACCCCUGCUCCAUUUUCUUUCAGCUCUGGAGAACUGUGGUACUCAUGGUAUGGUAGUAUAAAACCAGAUGAGCGAGAACUGGCAAGAGUGAAGCGGAUCUACAAAGACUACCUGAAACCGGAUGUUUGAGUCUUGUUUGUAAUAGACUUUAGUCAGGGUUGACGCCAUACUAAAUUUCUUCUGAAAACGAGGCUGUGAGGGGUAGACUUAGUCUUUACAAUGGCAUGCACUGGAUAAAGGUCCAAGAUCACACAUAAUUUAUGGAGUUUUUGUCUACAAAACAAUGAUUUGCCAGCUAAACAAUUGUCAUGUACAAUUAAUUCAACACAUUUCUGUCCCUCAGACUUGUUUUAAUUCUUGUCAGAAACUAAAUACGGUGCUACCCUGACUACAGUCUAUAGAAAGACACAUUUCUCCUUAAGUGUUGUUACAUUCUGUCCAACCAAGAUGAGCAUAAAAUACAUUUAACUUGUUAAAAUAAAAGCUCUACAACAACUUGA